AUGUCAGGACACAGACCAAGAAAGACAACCGCAGCAGUCAGGAAACAGAACGCAUCAUUGGCUGCCCAAGGAGAGUCAUCAGCUGUCAUCCCGACCGCCAUCCUCGCAGGAACCUUUGCUGCUCUUGCCUCGGUCUUUGCAAAGCUGACCUUGGACGUCAGGACAGUCGAGUUCCUCCAGUAUGCCUGCAACACCGUCAUCGCACCCACUACACCCUACUGCACAUCCUUCUUCAUUGCGAAGGAAGGCGAAACAAGUCCCGUGGUGGUCGCUGUGAGAUCAGCAUGCUUCGCACUCAUCUUUAUCUGCAACGCUGCCAUGUGGACCCUCUUCACCAAGGCCCUGAACCGCUCCAAAUCAUCCGCCACUGUCACUGUUAUCAACAGCGCGGCCAACUUUUGUAUCACGGCUGUGUUGGGGUAUGUGCUGUUUUCGGAACCGUUGGCGUUGCAGUGGUGGUUUGGGGCCAGUUUGAUUGUUGUUGGGAGUGUGCUCGUGAGUUCAGACGAGGCCAAUGCAGCAUCGAAGAAGAAGACUGAGUAA